GACAGUUGGGCAUUCAUCCAGAGGCCUUAUCGUAAUCGAGGCUGUGAUGAAUUUCCCUAUACGUGGAUCUUUGCACAGACACGGUGAAGGCUGCCGAACUGUCCCCCUGGCUGGACAUGUGGGGUUUGACAGCUUGCCCGACCAGCUGGUGAAUAAGUCAGUCAGCCAGGGUUUCUGCUUCAACAUCCUGUGCGUGGGAGAGACAGGGUUGGGCAAGUCGACCCUCAUGGACACCCUGUUCAACACCAAGUUUGAGGGGGAGCCAGCCACCCACACGCAGCCGGGUGUCCAGCUCCGGUCCAACACCUAUGACCUCCAAGAGAGCAACGUGGGGCUCAAGCUCACAAUUGUGAGCACAGUGGGCUUUGGGGACCAGAUCAACAAGGAAGACAGCUACAAGCCUAUCGUGGAAUUCAUCGACGCCCAGUUCGAGGCCUACCUGCAGGAAGAGCUGAAGAUCCGCAGGGUCCUGCACGCCUACCAUGACUCCCGAAUCCACGCCUGCUUGUACUUCAUCGCCCCCACGGGUCAUUCCCUGAAGUCUCUGGACCUCGUGACGAUGAAGAAGCUGGACAGUAAGGUGAACAUCAUUCCCAUCAUUGCCAAAUCAGAUGCCAUUUCUAAGAGUGAGCUAACGAAGUUCAAAAUCAAAAUCACCAGUGAACUUGUCAGCAACGGGGUUCAGAUCUACCAGUUCCCGACAGAUGACGAGUCCGUGGCAGAGAUCAAUGGAACCAUGAACGCGCACCUGCCGUUUGCUGUCAUCGGCAGCACAGAAGAACUCAAGAUAGGCAACAAGAUGAUGAAGGCACGGCAGUAUCCUUGGGGCACGGUGCAAGUUGAGAACGAGGCCCACUGCGACUUUGUGAAGCUGCGGGAGAUGCUGAUUCGGGUGAACAUGGAGGACCUCCGGGAGCAGACCCACAGCCGGCACUACGAGCUGUACCGUCGCUGCAAGCUGGAGGAGAUGGGCUUCCAGGACACCGACCCCGACAGCAAGCCCUUCAGCUUACAGGAGACGUAUGAGGCCAAAAGGAACGAGUUCCUAGGGGAGCUCCAGAAGAAAGAGGAAGAGAUGAGACAGAUGUUCGUCCAGAGAGUCAAAGAGAAGGAAGCUGAACUUAAAGAGGCGGAGAAAGAGCUGCAUGAGAAGUUUGACCGGCUGAAGAAGCUACACCAGGACGAGAAGAAGAAACUGGAGGAUAAGAAGAAAUCUCUGGACGAUGAAGUGAAUGCCUUCAAACAGAGAAAGACGGCGGCUGAGCUGCUCCAGUCGCAGGGCUCCCAGGCCGGAGGCUCCCAGACGCUGAAAAGGGACAAAGAGAAGAAAAAUUAACUCUGCUGUUUGCUGCAUGCUGCAUGAGACCCAGGGUCCUGUUUGGGCUUCCUGUAGACGCCCUUUUCCUGCGCAACAGAGCUGGGCCUCCCUUUCUCUAACUCCCCCUUAACACGUCCGGGGGAGCACGCCACCUGUGCCCUCCCCUCUCUUCCUGCCAAAGUUUAUAGAAGCCCGGGAGUCUGAGGAUGGUGUCUGGCCUCUGGUCGAGAAGCCAGCGGUCGCCGUGGUUCGGAGAUGCCUGGCGCAUCCCAGCCCCCCUCCUGGCGCCUCCCCCGCCGGCCUCUCCCCGGCCAUCUUUGCCACACUGUGACACGUUCCAUGGUCCCAUCUGCCCUUCCCCACCACCAGCUUCCCUGCUCGUGACUGCUGCUUGUUCCCCUGAAGUAUUUGCGUCCACCGUGGCUGGGUCAGAGCCAGUCAGCACGGCUCUUCCCCUUGGUCCCCAGGCACCGGGCCACGGCCCCUUCUGAGAGGGCUCCAGUAGGAGGUCCUCUGGUGCCUUUUCCCUCUGGCCUCCGAGCCCGGCCCUUUCCAGUUUUGAGUUGCUCCGAGUAAGUGCACUCAAGUGGUGUUAAUCCAGAACGCGUUUAGUUAUGCCGAGGCCUUUCCAGAAAACUCGACUGCUGAAGAACAUAGCAUAGAUUUCUCCUCUCUAUAAUGCCGGGUACCCCACAAAUGCAGAAGGGAGAA